GUUGUUUGUUAACCUAACUACGUCACUUAAUUAAUCAAGACUGCAAUUGCCGAGAUGUAUCGCAUUUUCAGUUUUAAUUGGUUGCUUUCUUGUUUAUACAAAAUUGUAAUAAGUGUGAAGCUGUCUGAGUCGGUAUUGGAAGGAGAACAGGCCGCAUUAACGUUACAAUUUGUAAAGGGUGGAGUUGGAAACAUCCCCUGCAAUGUAUCGCUUAAUCAAUUUGAAGAUGAAGUACAAACCGUCAUUUGGUAUAAAGAAAUUGAUAAAAAUAACCCGACCCCGAUAUACACAUAUGAUGUACGGGAUAAAGAAAUUGAAAAUGGAGAGCACUGGUCAGAUCAUAAAAUAUUAGCAUCACGUGGAUCGUUCCGUUACCAGGACGAACCGGCCAAAUUGGUUAUUACAAAUUUAAAAGAAACUGAUGCUGGGAUUUACCACUGCAGGGUUGACUUUAAAAAAGGACCUACGUUGAACAUUGAAAUUAAUGUGGAAAUAACAGUUUCGCCCGAAAAAAUAAUAUUAAUGGACGAUGUUAGUGGGGGAUAUAUCGAUAACUACGUACUUGGGCCGUAUUCAGAGGGAGAUUCGGUUAACGUUACAUGUAUAGCUUUAGGCGGGCGUCCGAAACCGAACGUGACUUGGUGGAAGGAAAACGCAAUACUGGAUGACGUAUCUGAAAUUGCCACUCGAAAGAGAGUGAAAAAUACACUUUAUUUGAAUCAUUUAGAUAGAACGGAUGUCCAUGCCGUAUACACCUGCCAAGCAUCUAAUAAUAAUAAUGUUCCCCCGCUGACUGCCGCUGUAACUCUGGACAUUUACCUUCGUCCUUUGUGGGCAAAAAUAUGGGGAAAGCAAAGAGUACUUUCAGCAGGAAACACUUAUGAAAUAAGUUGCGAAGUUAUUGGAUCCCGUCCUCGCCCUUUAAUAACCUGGUGGUUAGAAAGCGUGCAGUUAGUAAACACGAGAGAACUGUCUAACGCGGUUAAUUAUUCAAGCACCAGCUUUUUGACGUUUAAACCAUCAAUGGAGCAAGAUAAUCAAAUAAUCACGUGUAACGGGGUGCAUCCCAUUUUCAAUGCUACAGUGGAAGACAGUUGGAAACUAAAAAUUCAUUAUGUACCGCUGAGCACUCUGGCGUUCGACUCGGCAGUAAAUCGAAGCGACAUACGUGAAGGCAUGGAUGUGAUGUUGCACUGUGGCAUAACCGCCAACCCCUGGGUCUACACAGUCAACUGGAAAUACAAUGACAAAGCAAUAUACAAUAAUCCAGAAAUGGGCACCAUAAUAACAAACCAAAGUUUGCUAAUAAAAAAUUUAAGCCGAUCUAACAGCGGUAAUUUCACAUGCGUUGGAACGAAUUUAGAGGGAAUCGGGGAAAGCAACGUCUUACGUUUGGAUGUUAAGUAUGCUGCAGUAUGUCGACCGGGUCAAACUACAAUUUACCGAACCUCCGUGCAAAACCGCGUAGAAAUUCGAUGCGAGCUGGAAGCUAAUCCGCCAGACGUGGAAUUUACGUGGAAAUUUAAAUACAACGACGGCAAUAUAGUAAAUCUUCCAGAAAAUUUCAUUACUUCAGAAGGUACCGUCAGUACUAUAUAUUAUACUCCUUCAUCUGAUGAUGAUUUUCCAACUUUAAUCUGCAACGGAAAGAACAGUAUAGGAGAAACCGAGGAUGCUUGUAUUUUUCAUCUUUUACCAAUCGAUUUGCCGGAAGCACCGUCGAAUUGUAAAGUAACAAAACAAACCGAAAGUUCCCUGCACGUAGAAUGUAUUGAUGAAUUCAAUAGAGGAAUACGUGGAGAAUUUAUUAUGGAGGUGUACGACGCACAGACAGGUAAAUUAGUUCGCAAUGUCACGUCUAAGCAUCCCACAUUUGUGGUUGGGGAAUUGGAAUCGGGCAUCGGAUUUGAUAUUGACUUAUACGUAUUGAAUAAAGAUGGGAAAAGCCUCGUGACGCGUCUUCCCACUUUUACUCUUAAUAAUGACCAAGCUGCCAAUCUAUUAUUACUGCCGUCCAUAACAACUUUAUUAGGGAUGUUAGCGGGAGUCGUCGGAGUACUUAUAUUAUUAGCCGUCAUCAUUGUUGUGGUAAUUCGCAGUAGAACACCUAAAGGUUGCAACGAUUUUGAUGAUAACGAGUUUCAAGAUUCAAGUGGACGAUAUAUGUCUAUGAGGAGCAGUAAACUCACCAAUAAAACUGAUUCAAAUAGUUAUGAUAGUUUUGAUACGGAUAGCAGAGACGUAACUCUGUAAUAAUAGAGUAGACGGAUUUUGAAAUAAGAAAACUGUGAUAAUAAAAUUAAACUACCAACCUGUAAUAAAUGGAAAUUUGCGUUUCAAAUGCAUUUAUGCUGUUCUCGAAAGCUUAUUUGGCCAUUUAUAUUUCUAUUCGUACAAUAUUAAUUUAAGCAAUUAUUAAAAAAGCCAAAAGUAUAUAAUAUCGUGUUUUAUCUUUGUAAUAUUACGUUCGAUUGGGGGUUUUCCAUUUCCCUCACUAUUUGUACUUCAUCGAAUGAUUUCGCUGUUCUCAAGGUUGAGCACGUCCAAAUAAAGAUGUAAUUUAUGCUUAU